UCGCAACCUUGUAGGUGUUCUAAAGUCCCAUGGAGUGUGCCCCUUGUGUGCCAGGCAGUGCUAGGUCUUGGGGGCUUUGGAGGGUUAGGGAUGGACGUGGAUUGAACACUGAUGUAGGCAGCCAUCCUGUCUUGAUCUCAAGGUGCAUACCCAUUUCAAAAUAUAAGUGGUAACGGUCUAGCGCCCGGAGAGACGACGGCUCCGGAAUUCAAAAGUCCUUAUACCCCAGGAAAGAUUUUUUACCUCCCCACUUUUACAUCCGGUCUCCCGCCCCCCAUUUCGAAUCAUUGGCGGUAAAGAGUGCCUGAUGGGUACUGGAUAUUCUGCGAACAGAACGUUAAGCGGACAGAACGUUAGGUUUGUUUGACGAAACGGAGCAAGCGUGUUUCAGUGGUCGAACUAAGAUUCAGACUAAGGCCUCUUAACGGCAGUGCCCGCGCGCUCUUACAGCGCCAGGUCACCUUCUCCGGAUCCUGGACCUUCUGGGCUCAUUCUGGAGGCUUCCAGAUGGAGGAGAUGGCUUCGGACAGAGCAUCUCCAUUGCUGGGACCAGAUGAGGGCAUGAGAGCUGGGGCUGCCCCAUCUCCCUUCACCACCCUGCCCUUUGCCCUGCCUGCUCCUGCUGCACCAGACCAGCCUGUACAGGAGCGGCCACUGCCAACACAGCCCCCUGUGCCUCCGGCAUUCUCUCCAGCUGACCCUCUGGUGCUCUCUGCUUUCCGCAGCCCACUACUGAUGACAGGGGAUGCGGGCCCCGGCCCCAGUGGAGUGGAGGCUUGCCUUGUCAAAGUUGAGACAGAAGCUGGGCCAGCUGAGUCCUUUCAAACUCAGAAAUUUGUUGUUACCCAGCCAGCCUUCAGGGUUACCUCGGGGGCUGCCUGUGGAGGCCUGGAGGGUCCUGCGCCUCAGUAUGUGACAGCCUCUAAUGUGAACGCCAUACUGCCCACUUCCAUGGUUUCUAUGAACCAGGAGGGUCCCUCAGGCCUUCUUCCUCAGGCUCUACCACAAGCUGUCCAACUGCCCCCUAUUGUGUCCCCAGAAAAGGCUUGGCCUGGGCCACAAGGGGCCACUGGGGAAGUAGGACGAGUGGCCACCAGACAGGCCCCAUUGGGUCAACUCGCCUAUGUUUCCAAGGGUGUUUAUGAGAACUUCCUUCGCUGGCAGUGCUACAAAGCCUUAGCCCGGAGACAUCUACCCCAAAGUCCUGAUGCAGAAGCUCUUUCCUGCUUUCUUAUCCCAGUGCUUCGUUCCCUGGGUCGGAGAAAGCCCAUGAUGACCCUGGAGGAGGGACUGCCACGAGCUGUGCAAGAGUGGCACCGCACCAGCAACUAUGACCGGAUGGUGUUCUAUGAGAUGGCAGAAAAGUUCAUGGAGUUUGAGGUAGAGGAGCUGCAGAUUCAGAAUGCACAGGUGAUGCAUAACUCCCAGGGCCCAUCUUCUGCAGCCCCUUUAAAACUUGAUCCUUCAGGGCCCCUGGCCCCAGAGGCUUGCCAACAGCCAGUGUACAUUCUGAAGAAGUCAGUCCCCAAGACACGUGCUCCCCGCCAGCUGCAGCGCAAACCCCAGCGGCCUCCAGUUCCACCGACACCCAAGGAGAUCCCACCGGAAGCUGUGGAGGAGUAUAUUAACAUCAUGGAAAGGCUGAUGGGCAGUCACUUGACCACCAGGGAGUACAAUGAAGAGGAAGAGAAACAGCAGGAGGAUGAAGAAAUGUAUCCAGAUCCGAGUCUCCUGGGCUACAUGGAGGAGCUGUGUUCUCAGGAAGCCUUUGUCUCUAAGGUGGAGGUUGUCCUCCACCCUCAAUUUCUGGCAGAUCUGCUGUCUCCAGAACAAGAGAGGGAUCCUUUGGCCUUAAUUGAGGAGUUGGAACAAGAAGAAGGACUCACUUUUGCCCAGCUGAUCCAGAAGCGACUCUUGGCCUUGGAAGAGGAGGAUGCGGAUGUGCCUCCGGACUGCAGUGCUCAGUUGGACUCCAGCCCUUCUGUUUCUGAAGAGGAUGAAGAUGGGGGUGGGUGGCCUCAUUCGUCACCUGGGCCUCAGGGGACUGGGGGAACUAUUGACAUUGAAAAGCCUACUUUUUCAGGAAAGCAGGCAAGAGAAACACUUGGCAGGCAAGGGCAAGCCCUAGACGGUCCAAGGGAUGGGAAUGUUCUCUCAUCCUCCAGCAGCUGGGACCUGCAGGAAGAGCUUGUCGCUCCACAGGGAGCUCAGGCACCCCUGGUUGUGGAGGAAAGAGGGUCUGGGGAGGUUGUAAGCGAGCUAUCUCAGUAUCAGGAUAGCCUCCUGGAACAUGCUAGGUCCCCUGGGCACUGCCUGAUGGCUGACAGCAUUCCAGAGGCUUUGCCCCUGUGCUGGCAGGAAAACGCCCAGCCCAAGACAGCUCACACUUUGGAUGUUGGACUUGCAGAGCCAGAUCCUUUGCAAGGUCAGGGGUUAGAAAAGCCUGACCUGGGGUGGCAGACAGGACAAGAGGCAGAGGAACUUGGAGUGCUCUCUCAAGGGACAGAGCCUUCAGGAGUGCCCCAGAAAGGCUCUGCAGGAGCCAUGUGGGGAGCUGACAGAAGUCCUCCCAUGGUUCAGACUUAUGAGCAGAAUCCUUCCCCUGGGACAGCUGAAGAUAAGGACAGGGCCUUGGUCAGCCCAGGACUGUGGCUGAACAGUGAGAUGGAUGCUGUAAAUUUGCCAUUGCCCUUAGAAAUUGAAGAGGUCAUAGAGAGUUCCCAAGAUGCAAAGUUUCUAACUGAGCACCAGGCACUGGGCUCUACCAACACCCUUUCUCUGGGUCCUGGAGCAACCACAGUGCCUGGGGACCUGGGCAGCAGUGUGAUUCCCUGUGGAAGCACAGAUAUCCCAGCUGCCCUGGCAAAGAGAAACUAUUGCAGUUUGGAAAGACCUCUGAGGGCCAACAGCCCACCCUUAGGAUGCAAAGAAAACAGAGAACAGGGCCUUGAGGUUAUACAGGAUCCCAGUAAUCUGUGGACUAAAGGUUGCUCCCUACUGCUGGAAAGCAGUGUUGGUGCCUCUGUAUCAACUUUAGAGUCUUUUAAAGAAAGCCUGUUGCCCAUGUGCCAAGGCAGUCUUCUUAUUCUGGGAGCCCAGGAUGGCUCUUUCCCAGAGGCCAGCCAAGAUGCCGGGAGCAGAGGCAACCCUUUUUCUUUUCCAUUAGAAACCACAGAAGUCAACCUACUCAAUGUUAGAGAUGAAUAUGGCCUCCAACUAGGCGUCAGUGAGGAGACCUGCCCACCAAUACUUAAUUCUUAUGACCCGCAAGAGGAGGGCAGGAAAGACACUGAUUUGUCUAAGCCUAGCCACCUUGUUCCUUCACAAGGUAAUCAAGAGUCUUACACACGUGGGGCCCCCAAAUCAACAUCUCCUCUCCAGGGCCUUGGAAGCACUUCCUUUAGAUGCAGAACCAAGGAUGCUGUAGUUUUAAGAGAAUCCUCUUGUAAGAGUAAAACACGUAACUCUGUAGAUGGGGCCAAAAGAAGGCAGAAAGCUGAAGAGGAAGGGGAGGAUGAGCAGCUCUCCAACUUUACUUACCUUUUGGCCUCAAAACUUAGCUUAUCUCCCACAGGACUUCUUCUUGGUCCUCGCUGUGCCUCAGGAGGUGGGAGCACCCAGAAAGCACCCCACACAUCCAGUGAGGCAGGAGGCCUCGGUCAACCCCCACUCCCUGUCGCCAAGUCUGGGAAGCAAGCUCUAGCUGGAGGUUCUGCCCCUGCUGCAAAGACACCACAGGCAGGUCACCUUGGGGAAAAAUCUGUGGCCCAGGGAGUGAGGCCAUCUUCACAGUCUCAGAAAAGGCGGCGUGACCCUUCUGUGGCAAGCAGGAGGAAGAAACACCGUCGUAGUCAGUAGGAAGCAGAGACCAUCCUAUCCUACCUGCCAGUCCCCAAAAGUGGGUGUCCUAGUGUAGAUUUGACUGAGGCUGCUCACUGGUGGAGAAUCAGCCUUAGACCAAUGCUAUGGUUUUGUAUGAGGGAUGGGAGGUUAGACGGGCUAGGUACAUGGCCCCUUAGUGGGAAGUAAGGACCUUUGCAGAGUUGUA